AUGGAAAAUCAGAAGAUCAAAGUUGCCCAAGUGAUUCAACAGAUGGGGGAGUCUGGCCUUAAGCCAAUUGCUUUUGCUUAUACACAAAGAGAUGGAGAACAACUUCGGCAAGAAGAACUGAUCUUGUUAGGACUGAUAGGUCUCAAAUGCACUACUAGUCUUCAAUCCAUAAAAUUACCUUUGGAAAAUGUAAAAAAUGAUGCAAAUAUACAGAUGAAACUGGUCCCGAAGGAUGACAUCAUGGGAGUGAAACACAUAGCUUCUGGACUAGGACUAGAACAGGCUAUUGUGCAUGAAGGAAGAAAAGUUAUAAAUUUGAAUGAGGAAGCUAGUAUACAAAGUGGAUCAGUCCAUGUAAUGGCAAACUUGCAUCCUGAAGACAAACUUCUACGAUACAUAGACUUCUUGCUUAUGAGUACAUGGCUAAUGGUUCAUUGGAUAAAUGGAUAUUCAACAAGACCAAAGAGGAAUUUGUGUUGGAUUGGGAUACAAGAAAACAUGCUCCUAGAUGAUAAUUUCAAGGUCAAGGUUUUUGAUUUUGGUUUGGCUAAGCUUAUGAAAUGUGAACAAAGCCAUGUUUUCACAACACUUAGAGGCACUAGAGGGUAUCUUGCACCUGAGUGGAUCACAAACUGUGCCAUAUUAGAGAAAAGUGAUGUUUAUAGCUAUGGUAUGGUGUUGCUAGAGAUCAUUGGGGGGAGGAAAAACUAUGAUCCCAGUGAAACCUCAAAGAAAUCCUAUUUCCCAUCUUUUGCUUUUAAGAUGGUGGAAGAAGGGAAUGUGAUAGAGAUUCUUGACUCAAAGGUGGAAACUUAUGAAAAUGAUCAAAGGGUUCACAUUGUUGGGAAUGUUGCAUUGUGGUGCAUACAGGAAGACAUGUCUCUUAGGCCUUCCAUGACCAAAGUUGUCCAAAUGUUAGAGGGUUUAUGCACUGUUCAUAAGCCACCAACUUGUUUUGUCUUAGGUUCUCGAUUUUCUUCAACUAGUGAGGUUGGCACUUCUUCAGGGCCAUCAGAUUGUAACAGUGAAGCCAAUCUUUCUGCUGUUCGGCUUUCAGGGCCAAGAUAA